AUGCCAGAGCAGGCAGCAGCAGCGAGCGAUCUGCACUAGUCACUGCAAGAACCACCACCACAAGUGAGUGAACGUCGGAGCAAGGAAAGGCAGGGAGAGAUGACAAUGAGGCCGCUCGUCGUCCUGGCUCUGGCCGUGGCGCUGGCCGGGGUGGCGCUGCGAGGGGGCGCCGCGGAGGGGGCCGGCGAGUGCGGGAGGUCCUCCCCCGACCGGAUGGCCCUGCGCAUGGCCCCGUGCAUCUCGGCGGCGGACGAGCCGGACUCGGCGCCCUCCAGCAGCUGCUGCUCGGCGGUGCACACCCUAGGGAAGAGCCCCAGCUGCCUGUGCGCCGUCAUGCUGUCCGGCACCGCCAAGAUGGCCGGGAUCAAGCCCGAGGUGGCCAUCACCAUCCCCAAGCGCUGCAACAUGGCCGACCGCCCCGUCGGCUACAAGUGCGGAGAUUACACGCUGCCUUGAUGGCCCAGCUCUGGUGCUGAUGAAGAUGACUGCUGUGGAAGAUAUGGUCGUGUGGGAAUAAGCGAGUGGUGCAUGUACCACUUAAGUGGGGCACUAGUGACUGCAUGGUGCCUACAUGUGAUGUGUGCUUGUGGGAAUGUUUCUAUAAGCAUGUAAUGUUUCGGCUGUAUUAACGUGAACAAACGUCUCCGUGUGAUUUCUGUUAUCA